GGACGUGACGUCGCCUGUCACUCCCGUCAAGCCAAGCCGCCAUGUUGACCUCCCCUCCAACCAGCCACCAUGCCUACCAGCCAGCCACGCGGAGGGGAUAAGCCUAUAUAUAGCCUAGCCAUAAUUAAAACGUUGAUUUUUCUUGUGAAAACUUGAACAAUAAAGAAGUGUGUAGCUACGCUGCAAUUUUAUUUUUGCCAUUUCUUUACAAUCAGAAGUGGUAUGAAACGACAUCGACCACAAGUUUGUCGACCUCCUGACGAAUCAAUGUCGGAGGAAGAUGAGGGUACUUCUUCACCGCCUGCACGGAAGCUGCUCAAGAAUCUGCUGGAAAAAGAAGUAGUAAAGGCUUUACGCAACCUGGAAGAUGACCCCCAAGCUCCAAAUAAGUCAAAAGUCCAUCGUGCUGCAUCUUUAAUCCCGGAAUUUGACCCUGAUAGUGAGGAAUGCACGGUACAAGCAUGGAUUCGUAAAAUUGACCAAAUUGGGGAAAUAAAUGGAUGGGACGAUACAACUAAAUCAUUUUACCUACAAGAUAAGCUGCGAGGUCAAGCAAAGAAGUGGUACAAUCGUCUAGAGAACUACGAUUACACGUGGGAACAAUGGAAGGAUAUGCUAUUGCGAGCAUUUCCUCGAUAUCGCGAUUAUGGAAACAUGCUUGAAGAAUUACUACAAAGGAAGAAGCAACCUACAGAGACGAUGACAAAAUACUAUCAAGAUAAAAUCGCCAUGUGCUUCCGGUGCAAGUUAUCCGAUAGCGCCAGCGUUUCCUGUAUCAUUCGUGGUCUGCCACUAUCGCUACAACCUAACGCUCGAGCCUUCCAAUGCCAAACGCCAGGAGAGCUUUACGAAGGAUUUUUAUGUGCACUUGACGACUACCGUACUUUACCUAUCGAAACAAGGUUUCAGAAAAAUUUGGUGAGUAGGCCAUCUCACCCGGAUAAAAAGUCAAUGCCGCCCAAUGUCGAAACAGACCCGUGUCCGAGAUGCAAGAAAACUGGUCAUUUACUGCGUGAUUGCUCCCUACCUGACACACGUACAUGUUAUAAAUGUGGAAAUAGGGGACACAUUGCUUCACGUUGUCCUACAAUUGCCACGGACAAUAGAAGAUCUAUCUCAACCGACAACAUAAAAGAAGUAAAUGUACUACGCCCUUAUAAUGAAAUAUACAAAAAAGUCGUUAAAGUGAAUGGCAUCCACGUGAAAGCAUACAUUGAUACCGGCAGUCAAGUUAACGUUUUAAACGAUCAAGUAUCGAACGCAUUGUCAUUGGAUGUCAAACCGACAAGUGUCACUUUAAAAGGAUUCUCCGGUGGACUCUCAACGAGUCGUGGAGAAGUUGAAUUUCAAUUAGAAAUUGACGGUAUAACCAUGAAAUGCCACGCCUACUUGUCUAGCAUAAAAAUGGCCGAUGUUAAUCUUUUAAUCGGCCAGCCUGUCAUCAACAGCGAAGGUAUGACAUUGACAGUUAGCAAAGGCCUUGUCGAAUUUAAUCGUACUCAAGAUCCCAUAUGUGAUAUUGAGGCUAUCGAAGACCAUGAUCGCUUUAAAGUCGUCACAGUCAACGAAGAGAAACUUCCACCUGGCUCUUCCAUCAUUCAAGUGCGGGUUCUCGGAAAUAAGGUCGGCAACGAUGUGGUUACACCACCUCGGCAUCAUGAGCUGCAGGGAGUGGCCUACUCUCUCCCAUCCACCCUGCUCACUGGUGAAGACGGGUACAUCAAAGUCAUCAACAUGGGCUGCGAGGUUAUCGUGUGGCCGCCGGGAGAGGUCCUAACCAGGGCUGAAAGCUGCCAGGAGUCUCCACUACAGCCAAAUAGCCAGGAUGGCCGAGUGUAACGGACGUGACGUCGCCUGUCACUCCCGUCAAGCCAAGCCGCCAUGUUGACCUCCCCUCCAACCAGCCACCAUGCCUACCAGCCAGCCACGCGGAGGGGAUAAGCCUAUAUAUAGCCUAGCCAUAAUUAAAACGUUGAUUUUUCUUGUGAAAACUUGAACAAUAAAGAAGUGUGUAGCUA